AUGGCGGAGGGCGGCAGCGCAGAGCCGGGCGAGGCGGGGAGAAGGUCGUCGGGGCCGCGGCCGCCGAGCGCGCGGGAUUUGCAGUUGGCCUUAGCAGAAUUAUGUGAAGAUGAAGUGAAAUACAAAUCUUCCAAAUCUGAUCGACCUAAAGCUACAGUCUUUGCAAGUCCACGGACACCCCCGCAAAGGUUCUAUUCAAGUGAACAUGAAUAUAGUGGAUUACAUAUAGUUCGACCUUCAACUGGGAAAAUUGUGAAUGAACUUUUCAAAGAGGCAAGGGAGCAUGGGGCUGUCCCUCUGAGUGAAGCCACAAGAGCUUCAGGUGAUGAUAAAUCUAAGUCAUUUACAGGUGGCGGAUACAGAUUGGGUAAUUCCUUUUGUAAGAGAUCUGAAUACAUCUAUGGAGAAAAUCAGCUACAAGAUGUUCAAAUUUUGCUUAAACUGUGGAGCAAUGGUUUCAGUUUAGAUGAUGGAGAAUUGAGACCUUACAGUGACCCGACAAAUGCUCAAUUUCUGGAGUCUGUUAAAAGAGGAGAGAUUCCCUUGGAACUUCAGCGGCUAGUUCAUGGAGGCCAAGUGAACUUGGAUAUGGAAGAUCAUCAGGAUCAAGAAUAUAUAAAACCAAGAUUGAGGUUUAAGGCCUUUAGUGGAGAAGGACAAAAACUCGGAAGCCUUACACCUGAAAUAAUCAGUACACCUUCCUCCCCAGAAGAAGAGGAUAAGUCAAUACUUAAUGCUCUUGUUCUUAUUGAUGAUUCAGUGCCAACAACAAAAAUUCAAAUCAGAUUAGCAGAUGGGAGUCGUUUGAUACAAAGAUUCAAUAGUACACACAGGAUCCUGGAUGUUCGAGACUUUAUUAUACGGUCCCGACCUGAAUUUGCAACUCUUGACUUUAUUCUUGUGACUUCAUUUCCUAACAAAGAGUUAACAGAUGAAAGCCUGACACUACGAGAAGCGGAUAUUCUUAACACUGUGAUACUUCAGCAACUAAAAUAAUAUUGUUCCUAUCAAUGCAGUAGCAUAUAGGAAAGAUAAUGUGCCAUAUUAAUGAGGAAAAUACUUAUAGCAUAAAAAAAUAUUUUUUAUUAUUUAUACAGACAAAUUUUCUCUUUUUUUUUUUUCCCCCUUGUUCUAUCUUCCAGUCUUAGUAAUGAUGAAUUUGGAGCAGAAAUAGACCUUGAGAUAAAUAUGUAUGAGUUCUUAGUUGUAGGGUUGGUUUAUGUUAAUUACUUAUAAAAAUUCAGGCAAACCAAUCUGUUACUUGCUUUGUUUCCUUUUUGUAGAGAAAAUGAACAAAACCCCAUUUUGAUAAAUGCAUUUGUUAAAAUUUGCACUAAAGUUUCUUAAUGCUGCGUUGAUCAGCAGCUAUUAAGAAAUCUGAUAAAUAAUUUGAAUUUGUUUCUGUGAUAGAUACUGAAAGGUGUCUGUAUUGUGGUGUUCAAAUACUUUGAUCAUGCAGUACUCAUUUGUUUUCUUUAAGGUUUUUCCAUCCUUUUUACUUGCUGAUUUAGUGAUGUUAUUAGUAUCAAAAAAAUACAAUUUGGCCUUGUAUUUUACAAAACUAUGACCAGCAUAAACUAGAAAUAAGGACAUAAAGGUUGCAUUUCUUAGGAGAUUAUGGUAAACAACAUUUUACCAUGGUCAUUACAGUCCUUCCCAGAGCCUGCCUUGAUCACAUUCACAUAUUAACACAUUUUUCUAGGAGACCCACUAUGUAUACUGUAAACACUGUUCUCAGUGUUCAACCUAGAAUGUAUUCUACUCUAAGACAAAACAAGUUUACAAAUAUAAAAACAUAAAUUCUCCAGUAGAUAUGAAGAAUUAGCAGCCUAAAUGUUUGCAUUUCUGCUGAAAUCAUGUAUUUCUUGAAUGAGAUAGGUUAUAGCAGAAAAACGAAAAAAGCCUUUUUAUCUUCCCAGAUAUACUACUUCAUUUUAGUUACCUCACUUGGUUAGUUUUUUUAUUGCUGCUGUAACAAAUUACUAACAAAUUAGUGAUUUAAUAUAGCACAAAUUUAUUAUCUCUUAAUUCUAUAGGUCAGACAUCGAAAAUAGUUCUCACUGGGCUAAAGUCAGGAUUGACAAGACUAUUGCUUUCAGGAGGUUCUAGGGGAGAAUCAUGCCCUUUCCUUAUCAGCUUCUAGAGCCCAUUUUCAUUCUUUGGCUUAUGGUGCCCUUUUCUGUAGUCCAAAGCAGCAACUCUGUAUCUCUCUGAUCCUUCUCUGCCAGCACAUCUCUGACAAAGCCAGGGAAAGUUCUCUGCUUUUAAGACUCAAUUAGAUGGGAUCCUGUGGCUGAUCUAGGUUUACCUUCCCAUCAUCAUAAGGUUCUUAGUAAUCACCUCAUAAAAUUCCUUUUGCCAUGUGGAAUAACAUAUCACAGUUUUCUUCUGGAGACUCCAGGGGAGAAUCUCUUCUUUACCUCUUCUGAUUUAUAGAGGCUGCUGGCAUUCCUUCACUCAUGGCCAUCAGCCCAUCUCUGCCUUUAUCCUUAGCUCUUUUACAACCAACUUUUAAUUUUCCUGUUUUAAUCUUGUUUACAUUUGGCCUAUCUAAAAAAAUCCACCAGGAUAAUCAUCUCAUUUUAAGAUACUUAGUCAUAUCUUCAAAAUCCCGUUCAUCAUGUAACAAAUUCACAGGUUUGGGGUUUAGUGCAUGACCAUUUUGGGGGCCGUUAUGCUGCCUACCACAGACCACAUUUCCCUCAACAAUUCACAUUUCCCCCAACAAUUCAUAUUCCCUCCCCCCUUCUAAAGGUCCUCAAAAGACUCAACCCAAUACAGCAUCAAUUUAAAGUCCAAAAUAGGGACUCCUUGGUGGUGCAAGGGGUUAAGACGCAACCUAUGAGGCUGUCCGCAGCUACAGCACCGCCAGGGAGCUACCCACAUGGUGCAGCAGACCAUUCCUGGCUCUCCCACUGCUCCCCUGCAGUGUAUUUCAGUCAAUCUGCCUGUUCUGUACCCCACUCUGUCUCUGGUGAAUCCUCUCACCCCAUACACUUCUGGCCUGUGCCCCGGUUCUUGUAUGCAUAAGUAAAUGAAUCUUUAAAAAAAUAAAAUAAAAUACAAAAUAUCACCUAGAUCUCAUCAGCUCAAAAGUUCCAAAACUAACGUAUCAGUCAAGUACGAGUGAAGGUCUGGGUAUGAUUCCCUAGGAAACAGUUCUUCCAAAUGUGCUCCUUUGAAUCUAGAAAACCAAUUAUCUGCUCCUAAAAUAAUGCUUGGGUUACCAGAAAUUGCCAGAUCCUACUGCUUGUCACUACAGAUGCCAAUGAGCAGAGGCAGGAAUUGAAUGAAUAAAAAGUGUUUAUUUAGAUAUCAGUGAUCUGAGAAUGGUGGGCAUAUCACCCUAAAGGAAACCAUUCUGACAUCUCUCUGACUGGCUGUUUCAUAGUGAUUGGAAUAAAAACAGUCCUAAGUGAUUCAGUUUAUGAGAACAGCCCAUUGUAGUUGUUGUUACUGGUAUUUAUCACAUUCAGGCCUAAGAGUUUGUUUUCAGCUUCUGGGCUAUAUACACCACGGUACAUCCUGGUCUGCUGAGCUUAAUUUCUGAAGGUGUCAAUAUCCUGCACUCUUGGGAAUCAUCAGGAUGGGAAUCUCAGUUCAAAGCAAAAGUUUCAGUUAAGGACAACAGAUCCUCAGUCAUACAGUGAGUACAUGCACCCUAUGCUAGAAGUAUGUGCAGAUUCCUAUACUAGAUUCAGUGGCCUUCCCUCCCUAGCCCCCUGUCAUUAGGACAGAGAAUAACAAGAGACAUUCCUGGUCAAGAAACAGAAAAUGAGAUUUUAAAAAAAGCUACCCAGUAGGUGCUGUGCAAUCUAGAAAUUCAAUCAUGCACAUUCCGAUAAAUUUCAUGCGCUGGGGUUAAUCUGUGACAAUUCCAGCCCCUCAGUUUGUAACUCUCAGUCAUCUCCUUUUUCAUGAAAGAUAGCAAGUAUUUGCAGCUGAGUGGUUUUAUCAGCUUGUUCCUUACUGAUAGAAAUGUGGAAGAUCCAACCAUUAUUUCAUCCUCUAUCCCUUUCACUUUAAGGUGGCAUUGUCUAUUGUAACAUUUUCAAACAUCUGUAUAUGUCAGGGGGUACACAUAUCCUUCCUAAAUAAUGCCAUCUGUUUGGGGCCCUUUCGGAGAUGGAUGAGAGACUCUUGAGUCACACCCUGAAUCUGCAAGUACCACUUAUGUGACUGCCUAUUCAAACCUUUUUCAUCUUCCCAGGUACUAGCAAAAGGUUACACCCUCACCUUUCCCUAGAGUAGGCAUUCUUCAUAGUAAAUUUCUUCAAUUAUUUGUCUUUGACUACUUCAGUGGUUAAGAUUUUUCAAGUUUUUAAGUCUCUUAUUACAGUUCAUCCCUCAAUUUAUACAUCUCUCACAUUUGCUAACGUGAGCAAAAAGAAAGUAGGCCUUGCCUUCCAUACUUAGCUUAGAAAUCUCUUCAGCUAUAAAUAUCAAAGUGUAACACAACUGCUUUCCAUGGAACUUGAAGACAUAAUUCAGCUAGGUUAGUUGGCACUAUAUAACUUGAGGAUCUUUUCCUUCAGUUUCCAACAGAAUGUACCCUUUCCUUCUGAGGUCUCAUUGGCAGUGCCUUUAAUGUCCCUGUUUCUACUGACAGACUCUUUCAUCAACAUAGAUACUCUCUGUGGCGAUGUUCCAUUCUUCUGCCAUGUUCCUUACCUCCUUCAACUACUCCCUGCUCGCUCCCAUUCCCAACCAAAUUUCUACUAGCAGUGUUCAAGGCAAUUUUGGCUUUAUAUUUGUCAUUUCCCUCAAAAUUCUCACAACCUCUACUCACUACCCAAUUCCAAAGUACUCCUGCAUUUCUAGGUAUUUGUUUCAGCACUACCCCUUUUUAGGUACCUACAAAAGUGCACUAUGCCUACUCACUGCCCAUUGAAUUGAAUGUUCUAAUAGAGGAUUUGGAAUUUGCCUUUUUCUGGUGGUUUAGUUAGUUCAAGAAGAUGAAUUUACCCAUUAGGGAAUUUAUACUUGAAGUGUUUCCAGAACCAGGAAAGAAUUAUUGAUUCCACCACUUCAAGAAACAAGCAUAGAAUAAGAAGACUGUUGCUAAGUAUUUCCUUCAGAAUAGGAAGUCUUGUUCCUUUCUGCUAAUAGAAUGCAACAUAGAGACUAUAUAAAUAACAGUUUAAUAAGUCAGUCUCAGUUCAAAAAGAUUACCAGGGAAAAACUACAUUUUCACAGGAGCUUCCUAAGGAAAUAAUCUAUUACAACAACUGGAAAUUUUAAAUAAAAGGGCAUUGCCCUAUUUCGGGUUAACAAAACAGGGAAAUUAAACUCUUAAGUUAUUUAAAAUUUUACUCAAUCUUUUUAUGAAUUAAGUGGAGUGCCUACAGAUACACAUACAGAAAAUAGGGCAUUUUGUAUAUAAUAGUCUUCCAAAAUAGUGAUUACUUUAGAAGAGAAAACAUCCAGAAGACUAAACAGACUGUCAGCUGCGCUACAUAGCAUUUUGCUGUAAUUAGUCCUUUUCCUGAACUUUUUACUACUUCAGUCACUGUAACUUUUAAAAUUUAUAAUCUCAACAUAUGUCACAACAGACUACCUUUUGUGAUGUCAAUUGUUUUUGCAUGACAUGUAAUCAAAAACUUUUAAGUGUGCUUACCAAUAAAGAACAUU